AUGGCAAAGAAAAUAAUUCCGAACAAGCAGAUCGUACUAACAUUAGUGCUCUUUACUAGUAUACAGUACACAAUAGCACAGCUCACCAACGACGAGGCGGCGACAGGAAUAGGAACACUUUGUGACGAGGAGUUUUAUCUAAAGAAAAUAGCAGAACACCUGCGCAGCAAGAUCGUAGACAGAAACCGAGGGCUGCAGGAAGCAGCGCUAACAGCAUCAAAAUACGAAAUAGCAGCGGCGGCGGCAGACAGCCCGGAAGACCAAUGUCUAAUAAACGCCUUAGCCGUCAAAGCAAAACAGGUACUGAAGCUUCGGCAAAAGCAAGCGGAGGAGCCACCAAACGCGUUGCUGAGCGGACUAGAGCACUCCAAAGAGCAACGAGGUGUUUUACUCGCAGAGAUCGAAAACAGUAAGUUAGCAGUCACUGUGAAGGCUGGAACCCUCCACGGCACCAACAGCGCCGGCACGACAAUGCUGCAGCUGGAGACAGCCCAUAGCAACUCGGCGGAUUGCUCGAUAUCGCAGCCAGACACCGACAGAACCAUAGCCAACAAGCAACCUGACCCAGCAAAAGCAACACAGCUCAAAUUAACAGCCUUAAACGCUUUGGACAAACUCAAGAAAGUCGACAAAUUAACGUUUACUGUAGCCAGCAACGGCUGCACCAGCAGCGGCGGUGGAACCAAAACAAUCGGCCAGGCAAUGGCCGGCUGCAGCUGGGCAAAUGGGGAUACGGUAUCAACCAGCUACAAGCCGUCGCAAUACAGCAUAGCGACAACACAAACUACACCAAUAUACAAGGAAGAAAACGGCAAAAAGGUCUGCGCAGCCCAUGCAAAGCAAAAGGGUGCCGGCACCACAAGGGGGGAAAAAAUAGCCGACGCCAUCUGCGAAGCUCUGGAGACGAAGGCGGAAGGCCAUACAAUGCCAGAACUAAGCGGCGACACACUUGCGGAAGACGCAGUAAUUCAAGAAGCAGUAGCCAGUUGCACCAAAAAAUUCACGAAUUUAGUCAAAGAAUCCGACAUUGCAACUAACAGCGAUUUAAAAACAUAUCUCAGGACAGCGUACGGCAAAGGAACGCACGGCUUCGACGCCAAAUUCAAGCCGCUGAUUAAAACAAAAACGGUGCCGGUCCGUGAAGGCGAUAAUAUAAAACAGAAGGCAAUCGAGAAACUAACGUUAGACGACGACACGCAUGCUGUACUGGCCCGGCUGCUGCACCAGCGUCUAACGGUGAUACAACGGGAACCAACAAGUGGCAUCCAAACAGAUGCAAAAGAUGAUGCUAAGGUGGCUGAAUGUGAUGGAAUAGCUGAUAAAACUCGGUGCAACGGUAAGGAUGGGUGCGAAUUCAAAGAGGGAAAAUGUAAACUUGAAGAGGGAGUGAAAUCAGAAAACGAUGAAAAAACUACAAACGCAACAGGAAGCAAUUCUUUUGUCAUUAAAAAGGCCCCUCUUUUGCUUGCAGUUUUGCUAUUAUAUUUAAAGUACUCUCAAAUAUUUUGGUUUAAAUUUAUGAAAUUUCCUGUUUUUAAAAAAUAUACUAAAAGUUGA